UUAAAAUUCAACGUCGCUCGCGGGUUCGGUAGGUCGGUGUUUUCGGGCGUUGUCGUGGAGCGACAGAUCUUGGCGUCAGAUCUACGAAUUGACGCCGCAGUGAACCCAACUGACACCCCGCGCCUAAUUUUCUUCUCAAAUCAUUCCGUUUCCCUUUUCUUUGAUCCUCUCUCUCGUUCUCCCUUUGAUCGGUCUGCGAGAGACGAAGCCGUUCAUGUGAACCUCGGUCGAGGUCGUGGGGAAAAUCCGGAGGCGGCGUGGAUCUGAUGGAUAAGAAUCGGAAGAAGAGUGAUCUACUUGCCGCAGGCCGGAAGAAGCUUGAACAGUUCAGGCAAAAGAGGGAGAACAAAGGUGUUGGUCAUGGAAAACUUUUAGAUAAAGGAGCAGCUCUGGAGACUGGAUCUCCCAGUCAACUUCCUCACGCAGAAGUGACUUUGGCAAGUUCCACCGAUGAAAAAUUGGUGAAGCUUGAUGCUGAAAGGUCACUUUCGGAAGUAGAAACAAGCCCCUUACCCCUAAAUGCUGAACAUAUAUUAGAACCAGUGCAAGGUGACGAACCAUUGAACCAGGAUGAAGAAGUAGUGCAUCCUGAAAGGGAAACAGCGGUGAGGGCUGCACCCCUUUCUCAAGAUACUGAUGCAGAGGUGGCCCCUGCAGCUUCAGGGGCUUCAGACGUCCAAAAUGCGAUUGACCCUGUACAGGAUACUAGACCAAUACAACUGGGCAGAAAAGAAAUGGUGCAUCCAGAAGAUGGAACAGAUUCAUCAGGUAUCCGUCAGGAGCAGGAUGUCACAAGCGAUUAUCCUAAGGAGAUUCAUGAUAGGGUUCUGACAGUGGUCAGUUUUUCCGGGACACUGCUAGAAGCAGAAGCAAGUGAAGAAGGCUGCCGGCAGGAUUCCAUGGCUGAUGAAGUUAGACUGGGAACAAUUAGUUCUGAGAAUGAAACACAUUCACCAGGUCUUGAACAUGAACAACCCAUGGAUGAUCGACAUCUGGAGGUUUCUGAAGGUGAUUCAGUAUUGGGUUGCAGUCAGAUACUUGUGGCCGCAGGUGCAAGGGUCGGAAAUUUGGAAGGAUUGCAUCGUGAAGGAGAAAUUAAUCCAUCUGGUUUACAGGAUGACGGUGGUUCAACUUGUGCUGUCGAAUCCAUGUACUCUAAUCUUGAUGAUCAGGAAGUUCAAAUUUCUGGUUUGGACCAAAACACUUGUGCACAUGUGGACGGAGAGGAGUUUCGAGGACAUGGUGGUCCUCCAGAAGGGGAUGAUAGGACCAAUAAUGAGCUAUCCAAAGAUGUGGACCAUGUGAUGCUUGCAGAUGCCACAACAUUGCAGUUGGUUCAGGAGGAAAAGCAAGAACCUUUGGAUGAAGCUGUUUGUGGGGUAGCUGCAGUUUUGUCAACAAAAAUAGAGGGGGCAGCUGUACAGUUUCCCAUAGAAGCUGCGAAUUUGCAGAUUGAAAAGAAUAAACAUGGCAAACAUUGGACAGAAGAUGUUCUGCAGGAUAGUACAAUGUUACCUAUAGAUGCAGAGGUAAAAACUGAUCAUCUAAAUGAAGUGGAUUUCAACAGGAAUGCUGCUGGUUUUGUAUCCUCCUCUCAGUUUUGGGGUGAAAAUUCUGCUGAUAAAAGUAUGUUGCAGGAGGAAGAUCUUCAGGAAAAUCAAGAUGCAGGAGCUAGAUGUUUGGCAUCAGAAACUGAGUUAUCUGAAACUGCUAAAGAUUCCUUGUUGGUGUCUUCAGACCUACAAGGUUCUUCUGUGCUUGCGACAGAUGGUGGAAUGGUCUCUCCAGUGAUACAAUGUGAGGAUGGAGCAUAUGAAUCAUCAUACAUUCAUUAUGCAGCUGGACCAGAAAGAAGCUGCAGUUCUGAUGGUGCGUUAUUGAAGAUUGUUGAAGAGCUUUACAUUAGGAGCAUCAUAGGGGAUGUUCUCCAGGUGCAACUUCAGGAACAAAGCCUGAUACAGUUGAAGUCUGAUGAACAGGAUGAGCAGCUUCUGAACGAGGUAUCAAAGCUCAGGUCGUUACUGAAUGUAGCUCAUGGAAGCAGUGCAAGUAUCACAGAAGAAUUUGCUCAGUGCCGUUCAGAGCUCAUGGCCAUGACAGUUGGCAAGGAGGGGCUUGAAACUCAGUUGUUUUCUGCAAGGAAUAAGAUUUUAGAGCUUGAGAAUAGGAUAAUAGACCUGCAGAAGAAAUUGGAACUGUCUGAAGAAGAGAUAAGCCAGGAACUUAGAGAUUUGCGUGAUGGAAACAAAGAGCUUAAUACUCAAUUAUGCUCCACAAUGGAGAAAAUUGAGGAACUUACGCUUCAGAACUGUGAUCUUCAGAAUAAAUUGGUGAAAUCAGAUGCUCAAUUAUGUCAAUUAACAGAGGACUUAGCAAGUAGCAAGGAAUUAAUAUCAGUAUUGGAAACAACAAAUGGAACUUUAACGAGGGAUCUUCUUGCUGCCAGGGAUCAGUUGGGGGUGAAUAAGCUUGAACUUACUUUGAGAAAGAAGAGAGAAGAUGAUCUUGUGAGUGAAAACUCAAAAAUUACGGCUGAGUUGCUUGAGGUGGUGAGGAGACAAACUUCUCUUGAGGAUGACCUAAGAGAAGCAAUGUCUUACAUUGAAGAACUUUUAGAAGAAAACUUUUGUCUUUCUUGCAGCCUCGAUGUACAUAGAGAUAAAGCAGCUGAAGACCUACAUUUAAGCUCUACUUGUGAAGGAUCUGGCAUGACUAUGAUCCAAAAAUCUUCUGUUCUAUGUGAUGAUAAAGCAAAGCCUGAUCAUGUUGAAAAGGAACAUGGGGCUGAGUAUGAUGGUUUUGGAUCUUUGAAAGAGUAUCUUGAGGAUGCGCUGAUGACAAUUAAGAGGCUUGAGAAGUCCAUUCAGAACAUAGGGUCUGAUAAUGCAUCUUUUGUCAGGUUUUCAAGUAAAAGUGCUUCUGGAAUUUCAAAGAUAAUUCAAGCUUUUGAGGCAAAAUCUCUUAGUGAAGAAACUUUUGUUGAAGAGGUAAGCUCUAUAGUGAAACCUACCAUUGGGGACCAGAGUAAAAUUGACAAGAAGGCUGAUGUUAAUCAACCGCAGGAUGCUAGUUCCUCUACCUGUCUUAGGCUAGCCAAGGAAGAGCUUCAUCGACUGCAAUGUGUCCUCAAACAAGUAGGCUUGGAUCUGGUGAAGGCUUCUCAUCUUUUCAUGGAAGAGCAGAGAUGUAAAGAAGCUGCACUUGGGGCUCUGAGGAAUCUCCAAGCAGAACAUGUUGCAAAAAAACAAGAAAAUUCGGAUCUUGAAGCACAGGUGAAUGUGUUGUUGAGGUCUAAUGAGAAAAACAUGAAAAAGUUACUUGACUAUGACUCUUUAACUUAUGAUCUUCAUGUUCGUUUGGAUGAGUUACAUCACAGUUUCUGCCAUACGGCUGACAUGAUGGUUACUCAAGUCGAAUGCCUGCAGAAAGAAGUAGAUGAGAAGAUGUCUAUUCUUGAGUUGGAGAGUAGCUUUAUCUAUGCAGAAAUCUUCAGUGCAGUAGAAAAGCUCAGGGAAUGUACAAAUCCUGUCUCCUUCAUAUCCAAUGAACCCAGUGAUCUUGCUGUCAGCAUGCGCCUUUCUACUGCUGUUUCUGCUGCUGUAGAAACAAUAAUGGACUUGCACAGACAGCUUCUCGCUUCAUAUAUUGAAGGAGUGGUGUGUCGUCUCUCAUUGGAAGAACUCAAAAACAAACAUGUGCUUUUGCAUGAAAGGAACCAAUCAGCUGUCUUGCUGCUUGAUAGGACCUAUUCUAAUGUGAUGAAGGUGAUUAAUGAUUUCUGUGGGCUUGAGCAGUCUGUUGAAGAGAAUCUAAACUUUGAGAAACUGCAAAUUGUUCUACCAAAGUCAUGUGAAAUCCUCACAGUGCAGUUGCAUAAUUUUCUCAAUGAACGGUCUGUCCUUCAUUCUACAAAAGUUGAACUUGAGUCAAAAUUGUUCUGUAAAGCUCAGGAGAUUGAAGAAUUGAAAAAAGUUUGUUCCGGUAAAGAUGAACCUCACAGUUGUAACAACUCUGAUGAUGCUUCUGAUCCUGUAAAAGUUACACCUUUGGAUGUUUCUCAUCCUCAAUUGUUAUCUGAGAAGUAUGCAAGUGAAGGGACUGCAGAGCUUGGAUCACAGCUUGAUGAGGAGACACACAGAUUAGUCAGACAAUUGAUCGAAGCUGUUGAAAAGGAAGUUUUGCCUGAACAGGUGGUAGUUGAUAUGCGCAAACAUCCAUUAGAGUACCUUGACACUUUGAUUUUCUCUCUUCUUGAAAAAUAUAAAAAAAUUACUGAGCAGUUGAAUUUGUUAAAAAAAUGCAUUGGGGACUUUAGUACAAGGCCUGAACUUCUUGAUGAGUGCAACAUGGUGCCUUUACAUGUGAUGUUGAAGGAAGAAUUUGAGUCAAAGUUGGUUAGUCUACGCGAGCUGCAGGAGACAAUCCAUCAGUUAAACUCCAUAAAAGCUCAACUGGAAGUUGAAACACAGAACCUUAAAGAAGGCUUGGCUAAGGUGGGGGCAGAUCUUGAUUCUACUUGUUCAGAAUUAAGAAACAAAGAUCUUGAACUUGUGCAAUCGGAACAAAGAGUGACUUCGGUGAAGGAAAAGCUUAGUAUAGCAGUUGCCAAAGGAAAAGGUUUGAUUGUGCAACGUGAUGCACUGAAACAGUCAUUGGCAGAGAAGACAAGUGACCUGGAAAAGUGCUGGAAGGAACUGCAGUCCAAGAGUACAUCACUUCAUGAAGCUGAGGCAAAACUUAAAGUAUACUCAGAGGCAGGUGAACGGAUUGAAGCCCUUGAAUCAGAGCUAUCAUAUAUUAGGAAUUCUGCCACUACACUGAGAGAGUCAUUUCUCCAGAAAGAUUCCGUUCUUCAAAGGAUUGAGGAGAUUCUGGAUGAAUUAGAGUUACCAGACCAAUUUAAUUUUGGAGAUGUAACUGAAAAAAUUGAAUGGCUGGUUAGAUCCAUAUCUGGAAACCCUGUUUUGACAGAUUGGGAUCAAAAAAGCUCUGUGGGUGAGGCUGGUUUUGUGGCUUCUGAUCCCUGGAAGGAAGAUUCCCAGUCAAGCUUGAAUCCUGCAAUUGAUGAUCUGAAGAGAAAAUAUGAGGAGCUACAGAGUAGGUUCUAUGGUCUUGCUGAGCAAAAUGACAUGUUAGAGCAGUCCUUAAUGGAAAGGAACAGUCUUGUACAGAGAUGGGAAGAGGUUAUGGACAAGAUAGAUAUUCCACCGAAUCUGCAGUCGGUUGAGCUGGAAGAGAGGAUUGAUUGGUUAAGAAAAACACUCUGGGAAGCUCAACAUGAUAGGGAUGCAUUCAGAGAGAAGAUUGAGAGCCUUGUAGAGUCAUCUAGUGCAAUCAUGGUUGAUUUGGAAGAGUCAAGAAAUAAGAUAUCCAACCUUGAGGCUGCACUUGGAACUGUCACACAUGAGAAGGAGCUUCUUGCAGGUCGCCUUGAGAAGCUUGCUCAAGAGCAUGAGCAACUCUUGGAGAAAGUGCUUAGAGAUGAACUAGAGAAAGAGAAUUUUCACAAAGAGGUUUUCUCCUUGCAGGAAAAGAUUCAUGAGCAGAAAGCUACAAACAACGAGUACUGUUCUUCUAUGGAAAAGGAAAUUGAACUACUGCAAGAAAAGAUAGAGGAGCAGAAUUGUGCUCAUGAAAAGUAUUCCGCUGCUUUGGAAGAUGAGAUAAAAAAGUUGCAAGCCUUGAUUGAUAAUGUACUGCUCAAUCAUGACAUAAAAGGAAAUUUCUCUGAUGGUAGUUACAUUGACAGUUUAAGGGAACAUAUCAAAAUGCUUCUAGAUAGUUACAGAACUAUCUCGCUGGAGAACUCUGUUCUGAGAGACAAAGAAAAGCAGGAAGAGACAGAACAAGCUAACAUAGAAAUGAUUGAGGAUAAAGCAACAGCUGAUAUGACGGUAAUGAUGGAAACAGACAGUGGGGCUUCAAAGAGAGAGCUUGAUGAGGCUUUGUCUGCUUUAUCCCUUGUCAAGGAAGAACGUGAUCAAAUCUGUGAACAAUAUGAGUCAUUGGUCAUUGAGGUUCAAGAACUUGGGAGGCAGAAAAAAUUAUUGGAAGAACAACUAAGUCAAGAGGAACAAAAAUGUACUUCAACAAGAGAGAAGCUUGGUGUUGCAGUAAGAAAAGGGAAAGCAUUGGUUCAACAGCGGGACCAGCUGAAACAGACUCUUGAAGAGACGAACUCUGAGAUGGAAAGGUUAAAGAUUGAGGUCCAGAAGUGCAAUGAUGCUCUUGUCGAAUGUGAGCAGAAAAUCCAACAGUUACUAGGCUACCAAGGGAAGUGUGAAGCACUUGAAUCUGAAAAUGUUGUACUAAGAAACAAACUGGAAGAAACUGAAGAUACCUUAGAUAGCAAUAUCUGUGCCUUGAAUGAAUUUUUGACUGCUCUGAAUGCUGUUAGCAUAAUCAGUAAGGUUACCAGCACCAAACCUUUACAGAAGCUGGAGCAGCUGGUAAAGGUUGUCCAUGAUCUUGAGGCCCAGUGUUCUUCUUGUGAACAAGAUGCAAAAAGAUCGAAACAUGCAGCAGAGUUACUUGUAGCCGAGCUAAAUGAUGUCCAAGAAAGAUAUGAGAAUCUUCAAGAGGAACUAAUAGAGAAGGAAAGCAUAAUUGGGGCCAUAUCUGCACAGAGGGAUGCUGCAGAAGCUGCAAAAUCUGAGGCUCUUUUGCAUCUUGAGCAAACAAGUAAGAGCGUUAUUGAAGAUAGAAAGAAUCAACAUCAGAAGGAAUUAAAGCUGAAUAUUGGAUUGGAACAACUAAAUGAGGCAUGCUAUGCUUUACAUGGUCUCCUCACUGAUGGUUUCUCCAGGGAGUUAGAGAUGUUUGGUAGUGUGGAGGCCAGUUUGGUUGCUUUCCUGAAGAAGAUGGUUCCUAUUGAAAUCAUUGAGUUUCCUGUGGAAGAAGCUCGUAGGAUGGUCCCAACAAGUGAUGAACUACAUGAGGAAAUGGGUCCUUUAUAUAUGAAGUUGAAGGAGCAUCAGUUGGAUGAAUGUGAUAAAGAUCAUGAUAUUCAUGAUUUUGAGUCCGUUAGUCAUGGCCUGCAUGCAUGCAUAAAAAUGAUCAGUUGGGUUCAAAACAGAUGGCUGAAGCAGAUCUCCAAUUUGAGUGAAAGUUCUGAAAGGCUGAUCAAAAUCAUUGAGAAUGGUGAAAAAAGAAUCACAAGUUCAACAGAAUCUUUAGCUUCUUUGAAGAGAUAUGUAUCUGACCUUGAGGGAAGGAAAAAAGAGGAGGAUGCUGAACUGGAUUCUUUGCGUAAGCUUAUUAUGAUACUUUAUGAAGCUUGCAGUAGUUCAGUUUUCGAAAUUAAAAAUCAUUUAUUGGCAUCUGGACGUCCUUUGGCUUCUGGGGUGCAGCCUUCGUCUACUUCUGGAAUACAUGCACAUAAAGAAGAAACAAUCCAACUAGCCACUGCUUACACUGAUAAAGGAGGAACUGUAGAUCAAGAUAAGUUUAUUUUGAGUGAGGAGGUUGUCAUUUCAAUGGCUGAUGAUUUACUUUCAACUAUUAAGGAUUCAACCAAGAAGUGGUUUGAGAUGAUAGAGGAAGGUCAAAAGGAAUUGAAGGCAACAAUUUCCUGCUUACGGGAAGAAAUACAAGAAAAAGAAAUCCAGAAAAAGAGGAUUUGUGAAGAGUUAGUUUCUCAGAUUAAGGAAGCUGAGGCAACAGCUAACAAGUACUUGGUGGAUCUUCAUUGUGCCAAAGCAAAUGAGAGUGAUUUGGAGGAAAAGGUGAAAUUGCUGGAGCAUGCUCAUGAAAUGUUGCAGUUGCGGGUGAAUGAUCUUACAAGUUGGGAGACUUCCUCAAAAGAGCUAGAGAAGAAAGUUGAAUCCAUCAAUAAUCUGUUGGGCAAAAAAGAUCAAGAAAUUGACGGCCUCAUCCAAGCAUUGGAUGAAGAAGAGGUUCAGAUGGAAGACAUGGCAAAAAAGGUGGAGGAUUUAGAGAAAAUUGUACAAGAAAAGAAUUAUGCCAUAGAAAGUCUUGAAGCUUCUCGUGCGAAGGCAGUUGCCAAACUUUCCUCGACAUUAAGAAAGUUUGAUGAGUUGCAUCAUUUUUCAGAAAACCUUCUUUCAGAAAUUGAAAAUUUUCAAGUGCAAUUACAAGGUCGUGAUGAAGAGAUCUCUUUUUUACGACAAGAAGUAACACAAUAUACAAAUGAUUUACUCACAGUACAAGAGAACAACAAAAGGAGUUUGACAAUGAUGCAUGAGAUCUCCAUGUGGCUGGAUGGGGUAGUUUCACGUCUGGGGAUGCAGGAGCUAAAUCCUGAUGACGUGAAGAAUGACAGAUUGCACAGUAACAUGGAGAUACUAGAUGCACAUAUUUCCUCCUUGGUCUCAGAAUUAGAUGGCCUAAGGCUUGCUGCUAGAACCAGUGAUUCUCUUUUACUAGGUGAAAGGAAUAAAGUGGAUGAGUUACAAAAGAAAGUGGAGAUGCUUGAGAAUUCCAUAAAAGAAAAGGACUCUCAAUUACAAUUAGUCUCAGGAACAUGGGAAGCUGGUGUCAGUACUUCAGAUGCAUUGGAGGUUGAAUCUGUGGGACAGAGGAACAAGAAAGUGGUUACUUUAGGCCCUACUGUAUCUCAUGCUCGGAACAUAAGGAAGAUUGCCAAUGAUCAUCUCUUAAUUGACAUGGAGGCAGGCAGCAGUUUGGUAGAUGUAGAAGAGGACGAUAAAAGUCAUGGUUUCAAGUCCCUUGCGACAUCAAGCAUUGUACCAAGAAUCACAAGGCCCUUGGUGGACAGGAUUGACGGACUGUGGGUUUCAGGAGAACGGUUGUUGAUGAGGCAGCCGACUUUGAGACUCGGAUUUAUAGUCUAUUGGGUUGUGAUGCAUGUAUUAUUUGCUGCUGCUAUUGUCUAACUACUACUUAUCUUAGUUUGCAGUUGUUUUUGGCUUGCGAUAGUCGACUGCCAGAAAAAAAAGAGGCUGACAAGGUUGUCCUCUUGGAAUCCAUUCAUUAUACUAGAGAAAUUCAUAGACUAGCCUAGCCCAUAGCAGGUAAUUAUUUUGCCACACAGGCAGCUGUGUCUCUCUCUCUCUCUCUCUCUUUUGUUCACUAGAUUUCAGUUUGCCUGGUCGCAUUCAAUAAAGCAUGCUACCACAGAGAAGAAAGGGAUACAUAAUGAAGAAAUGUCUAUAUGAUUUUUCCAUUGUAAAUAUCUGUAUUGAUAUUGAGGUAUAUGGUAAUUCUUUUAUUUACAA